AAAUACAGAACCUGAGUCCCCUCUCUGGCUUCGAUUGCAAAAUCGUUAGCUCCACCCACAGCUUUUCACUUCGGUCGCUCCCCCUUAUCUCCUCUUUUAUAUGGCCACCGUCGCGGCAACUCCGGCCACCGUCGCCAGACCUCCGUCGCGGCCGGCCUCCGUUUCGUUGGUGUCCUCGACGAGAGCCCGCGUCUCGUUCAGAAGACGUAGCUUCAGGCCGGCACGCGUCGCCUGUGUUACUUCCUCCGGCAUUUCUCCUCUCCGGUUCGCCAGUUUCGUGCCCUUCGCCGCCGCCGCCGCUGGCGAUGCAGAAGCCACCGAAACCGAGGAGGAGGUGUUAGAACCACAGGUCGAGGAUGAUGCUGAUGGUGCUGUUGUCUCAGAAGAUGGUGCUGCCGCUGAUGAAGUUACUGAUACUGAAGAAAAAGCUGCUUCAGCUGUUUUAAUAUCACUUAAAUCCUAUAAAGAAGCUCUAGCAAGUAAUGAUGAAUCAAAGGUUGCUGAAAUUGAAGCUUUCUUAAAAUCCAUUGAGGAUGAGAAAACCACUCUUGAAAGUAAGGUGGCAUGCUUGUCUGCUGAAUUGUCUGUAGAGCGGGACCGCAUUCUCAGGAUUAGUGCAGACUUUGAAAAUUUUAGAAGGAGGACUGAUCGAGAACGUCUUUCCCUGGUAACAAAUGCCCAAGGAGAAGUAGUAGAGAAUCUGUUGCCUGUCUUGGAUAACUUUGAGAGAGCUAAAGCACAGAUUAAAGUGGAGACCGAGGGAGAAGAGAAGAUAAACAAUAGCUAUCAGAGCAUAUAUAAGCAGUUCGUAGAAAUUCUCGACUCAGUUGGUGUUGUUCCUGUGGAGACAGUUGGGAUUCCUUUUGAUCCACUACUGCAUGAGGCUAUUAUGCGGGAGGAGUCUACAGAAUACGAAGAAGGCAUCAUCCUUCAAGAAUUUCGCAAGGGGUUUAAACUCAGUGAAAGACUAUUGCGUCCGUCAAUGGUGAAGGUAUCAGCUGGUCCAGGGCCUGCAAAGCCGGAAGCAACGCCGGCUUCUGAAGAAGAAUCAAAUGACGCGAAAGAAGUCCCUGUGGAAAGCAGUGCAGAAACAGAGUCUGGCUAAGUGUGGACAGAUAUAUUUUGUCUUCAAUUUUGACAUGGAGCAGCAAUUGCGAUUGUUUGCUGAGCUUCAACUGUAGGAAUAGCUUUAUGGAAUGCCAACAUCUGAGUACAAGUGCUGUUGUUGUUUCUUGGUUGUACUUUUAGUGGAGGAGCUAUUCUGGUACCAAGUAAUGGAAUUCGCCGAGAAGCAGUUUUCUUAUGCAUGCAAUUAUGAAUUCUUUUUGGUCAGAUCUUCUGUAACAUGACCAUGUAUAAGUUGUUUAGAGAAGGUAAACUCCUUUAUCACAAUUUUCCGUUUGU